AUGAGUGACCUGCCGAAGGACAGAGUCAACCCCAGUCCUCCAUUCACCUACAGCGCAGCAGACUACUUUGGACCAUGGACCGUAAAGGAGGGGCGUCGAGAGGUCAAACGAUAUGGGGUGUUGUUCACCUGCAUGGCUUCGCGGGCCGUGCACAUCGAGACAGCGAGUUCCUUAGACACAAGCUCAUUCCUGAACGCCUAUCGCCCCUUCGUUGGACGCCGAGGACCCGUGCGACAACUAAGAUCAGACCGAGGUACAAACUUUGUUGGCGCCAAGAACGAACUGCAGAGCCCUCUCUCCGAGAUGGAUAACCAGCGAGUUGGAUCCGAGCUACGAAAGGAGAACUGCGACUGGGUGGACUUCAAAUUUAACGUCCCCGACGCCAGUCACAGAGGGGGCUCAUGGGAGCGCCAGAUCCGCACAGUCCGAAACGUACUCGACUCACUGCUGUAUAAUCAAGGAACUCAACUUGAUGAUGAGUCGCUGAGAACCCUCCUCGUGGAAGCCGAGGCGAUCGUAAAUAGUCGUCCCCUCUCGGCAGACUCGGACAGCUGCGCCGCUGACCGAGAACCAUAUCCUGACGAUGAAGUCGUCAGUCGUCCUUCCACCGCCCUGCGUCUUCAAGCAAGUGGACACGUCCUAGAAGAAACCUUGAGGUCGGCGAUAUCUCAACACGCCCAGAAGUGGACACGUCCUAGAAGAAACCUCGAGGUCGGCGAUAUCGUCAUUGUCAAGGACGAGAGCCUUCAUCGCAACGAUUGGCGCCUAGCUCGAGUAGUCGAGGCGUUCACAAGCAAUGAUGGCCUGGUGCGCUUCGUCAAGGUGGCUGUUGGCGACUCAUCCCUGGACCGCACGGGACGACGAUGCAAGCAGACAACCUACCUCCAGAGACCAGUCCAGAAACUGGUGCUGCUACUCCCACACGAAGAAGCUGGCGACUAG